AGUACUAUCUGUCGAGCUAAAAUCAGGACUUUGAAAGCUCUUUUCGUCUCAGUGAGAAAAUUCCAGGCUGUGAGGGAGCAGUGAAAAAUGAGAGAUCGCUCUCAAAUGAAUUUCGCUCUCUCCUUGAUCUUGGUGGCUGUUCCUAUCCAGCUGUCAGCAACUGAUCAACCACCAACAGAUUGGCUUCUCAACGUUUUGUUUCCACCGAUAGGCCCUGAAGAUGUAAACUUUAAGCAUAGCGAACCCUCACCCCUGAUCAUUGUGCCUGGACAUGUUGGAAACCGCCUGGAAGCAAAGCUAGACAAACCCACUACAGUCCACUGGCUAUGCAUGAAGAACAGUAACCAUUACUUCACAUUGUGGCUCAAUCUGAACAUGUUCUUGCCCAUUGGAAUUGACUGCUGGAUAGACAAUAUCAGACUUGUUUAUAACCGAACAACAAGGAGGAGUUCCAAUUCUCCUGGGGUGGUGACCCGAGUUCCUGGCUUUGGGAAGACCUAUUCUGUGGAAUAUCUGGAUCCAUUUAAACUUGCAGGGUACUUGCACACAUUGGUGCAGUUCUUGGUAAAUGCAGGCUAUGUUCGUGAUGAGACUGUGCGAGCAGCCCCCUAUGACUGGAGAGUUGCAGCAUAUGAGCAAGAAGGAUAUUUUGACAAAUUGAAAAAACUGAUUGAGGAAAUGUACACAGUGCAGAACAAGCCUGUUUACCUGCUGGGCCACAGCAUGGGGAAUCUAUACAUCUUAUACUUCCUGAAACAGCAGUCCCAGGAAUGGAAAGACAAAUUCAUUAAUGGAUUUAUAUCACUCGGAGCCCCAUGGGGGGGAACAGUGAAAUCUCUCGCUGUGCUUGCCUCAGGGGACAACUAUGGUCUCGCUCUUGACCUCAUGAAGAUACGACAGCAGCAACGGACGACAACAACGAACCCUUGGCUACUUCCUACCAGGCAGGCCUGGCCAGCAGAUCAUAUCUUUGUCUCCACACCAACCUACAAUUACACGUACAAAGACUACAGGAAAUUCUUCACUGAUAUAGGAUAUGAAGAUGGCUGGUUCAAGUGGCAAUACAGCAAAAGCUUUCUGACUGACCUGCCUCCGCCAGGGGUGGAAUUGUAUUGUAUGUACGGAACAGAAGUCCCAACACCAAUGACUUAUAUCUAUAAUGAAAGCUUCCCAUCGAACCAGCCAGUACAGAUUAUCUACGGAGUUGGUGACAACACUGUUAAUAAGAAAAGCUUGUCUCUUUGUAGACAAUGGAAGGACCAGCAAAAGCAGAAAGUUCAUGUCAUAGAACUUCCUGGCAAACAUCAUUUUGACACAAUUUAUGACAUUCAAGCUUUAGAGCUCAUUCAAGAUAUAUUGCUAGGAAAUUAUUCCAAACACCCUCUCGAUUCCAUCAACUAGAUGUGUGAUUUUCUCAGUGGGUCCGGCAGCAUCUGUGAAGAAAAAAAUCAGAGUUAACGUUUCGGUUCCGGUGACCCUUCCCCAAAACGUUAACUUUGUUUUUUUCUUCAUAUAUGCUGCCGGACAUGCUGAGCAUUUUCGGAAACCUCUGUUUUUGUUUCCGAUUUACAGCUUCCACAGGGCUUUCGGUUUUUAUUUGGUUUUCUCAGCGAUUGGGUACCCUGUUUCAGGUACACAUUAACUCCAAAUUUCCAAACCAGACCUUUAGCCUGCAAUGAGCUUCUCUGAGAGGUUCAAUGGCUUCUUUACAUUGUAAUAACUGCAUCUGUUGGGAGGUUCACUGCCAUUUUCGUGGCUGACAUCCAGGAAUUCUGAACUUGCAAACUACAAAUUAUGAUUAGACCCACCUAAGCCAGCUUUCACGUUUGUAUAAGCAACCCAAGCCCAGAAAUCAAUAUCUUAACAACGCUGAACACAAUCAUACCCACGUCCUCCCUUAUAAAGAGAUAUUAACCAAUUUCAAAUCAUAUCCCAAAUUACCAGCUAAUUUCAGAGAAAGGCCGCACAAGCAAGUUGAAUAUUGUUUGCUGAUAUCUUCAAUGGCGAUUUACAGAAUGCUCUGAAAGUUACAGCGUCAAUCAAUUGCUUCAUUGAGAGAAAAACCUUUCUUUUGCCGUCUAUUUUCUUUUAAAAUAAAAAUUAUUGUCAUCCUGAAGAGCAUGAAUGAGCUCUCAGGCAAUCUUUGAGUGGGCCAACUAUGACUCUGUGUCUUCAGGAGUUAACUGAUCCAUAAUCUGGGACAGCUUUUAGAAUUCUUAGAGAAACCACCAGAGGGCACACCUUGAAAAAUAAUUCCCACAGAGCGUAAACUGACGUCAGUCGUGUGGGGAAAAGGAACUUUAAAUAUGCAACAACAAAAUAUUUUUAUAUGUUUAGUGGUGCAUAUUAAACCUGUCUGUAGAAAACAUUUUAAUUGCUACACUUCAAUGUAAAACUCAAAACGUAAAAAUUGAAGUUGCUUACUUGAAGUUAAUUGAGGCUCUAACAUCUCCUUUCCCCAUUCUAAGUGGUGAAAUGUAUGCACACCACUGUGUUUUACAAACAGUGGAAUUAUUUACCAUGGAUCAAUGUUGAAAUUGAAAGCUAAAAGAGUUUCUGUAAUAGCGAAAUCAUCCACGAAAUGAAACAUAAUACAUCGACCACAUGUCAUGUUACAUAGCUUCUGGGAGUAUCAGGUCGCAGAAAAGUGAAAAGGUAAACAUCUCAUGGGUUAGACAUCAGAUUUCUCUCAUUCUCAUUAGUUUAUUAGCUGUAUCUUGUCCUCCUGUGAAACAAUAUUUUCCAAUAUCAAUCCUAUUGCCCACAGGGCAUAACCAGCCCUUCUUAAGUACAAGUGAUAAUGGGAACUGCA